UUCAGAGUUCAAUUGGGGCACUACAAAAAUCCGAAAAGAAAAGAAAAGAAAAGAAAGUCUCUGCUCAAACAAAAGUAGGGUGCCCCAAUUAUUAUCUCCAGGAAGGAGGAAAAACAAAACACAAAAAAAAAAAAAAAAAAAAAACAAGAAAGAUGGGAUACAACAAUGCCGCAGACGCAGAUUCACGAGGAAAGAAAAAAGUUGCCCUUAUGGGGUUUUCUUCUAUACUCUUGGUGGCAAUGGUGGUGGGAACUGUUGUUACUGUGAAUCACCGCAAUGGGUCGUCCUCUUCAGCUACUGAUGAUGCUCAGGCAGGAGGCGGCAUAUCCACGUCCGUGAAAGCCAUUCAGGCCAUUUGCCAGCCCACUGAUUACAAAGAAGCUUGUGUAAACAGCCUGACUUCAGCGAAGGCCAACACAUCUGACCCCAAGGAACUGGUGAGGACAGCGUUCCAGGUGGCCAUAAACCAGAUUAGCUCCGCGCUUCAGAACUCUACUACAUUGAGGGACUUGGAGAAGGAUCCAAGAACCAAAGGGGCUCUUGAGAAUUGCCAUGAGCUCAUGGACUACGCCAUUGAUGAUCUCAGGAAUUCCUUCAACAAGUUGGGGGUCUUUGAUAUCAGCAAGAUCGAUGAUUAUGUGGAGGAUCUCAAAAUCUGGCUGAGUGGGGCCCUCACCUACCAAGAAACCUGCCUGGAUGGCUUCGAGAACACAACCGGCGAUGCUGGAGAGAAGAUGAAGGCUCUUCUCAAGAGCGCAGGAGAGCUCACCAGCAAUGGCCUUGCUAUGAUUGAUGAGAUCUCCUCGGUGCUCACCAAUUUGCAAAUUCCGGGGAUUAGCCGCAGGCUCCUCUCUGACGAAUCAGGCAAAGGAGAGUAUCGUUCAGACGAGGGAGGUCUCUAUCCUUCAUGGGCAAGCGUUGGGCAACGUAAACUCUUUCAGGCUACACCAGACACCAUUAAACCCAAUGUGACAGUGGCUCAAGAUGGUUCCGGAAAAUAUAAGACCAUCAAUGAAGCCCUGGUUGAAAUUCCCAAGAAUGGCAACACCACAUUUGUGCUGUAUGUCAAAGAGGGUGUGUAUAAGGAGCAGGUGAACUUCACAAAGAGCAUGACCAACGUUAUGCUAAUUGGUGACGGCCCUACCAAAACUACGAUCUCUGGAAGCUUGAAUUUCAUAGAUGGCAUCGGCACAUUCAGGACAGCAACAGUUGCUGCGGUUGGGAGUAAUUUCAUGGCCAAGGACAUAGGAUUUGAGAACAAUGCAGGAGCUUCCAAGCACCAAGCUGUGGCACUGCGGGUGGGAUCCGACAUGGCCAUCUUUUACAACUGCCGGAUGGACGGAUACCAAGACACCCUCUACGUACACGCCCACCGUCAAUUCUACCGGGACUGCACCAUCACGGGGACCAUCGACUUCAUUUUUGGAGACUCGGCGGUGGUCUUCCAGAACUGCUUGAUGCUGGUGAGGAAGCCGCUAGACAACCAGCAAUGCAUCGUGACAGCUCAGGGAAGAAAUGAGAGGCGUGAGCCCACUGGAAUUGUCCUCCAGAACUGCACCAUCUCCGCUGCUGAUGACUACAUUCCUUUCAAAACCAAGUUCAAAUCUUACCUCGGGAGGCCCUGGAAGGCCUUCUCAAGAACCAUAAUCAUGCAGUCACAGAUCGAUGAUUUGAUCAGCCCAGAGGGGUGGCUGCCAUGGAUGGGUGACUUUGGACUCAACACUUGCUUCUACGCAGAGUAUGGAAACAGGGGUCCUGCCUCCGCCACCACUAGCAGGGUUACAUGGCGAGGCAUCAAGCAGAUUACUGAUCAACAUGUCAACGAUUUCACCGUCGGAAGGUUCAUUUCCGGCCAUCUGUGGCUUGGGGCCUCUGGGGUGCCCUACACUUCUGACAUGAUGGCUGUGUAGAUGAUGAUGAUGAUGAUUGUUGAAGAAGGAUCUCCUUUGUAUCAGUCACCGACUGUAUUUUUGUUUCUUUUUGUAUUGUCCCUCAUGCCUUUGUUUCCAUGGCAUGAAAUUUUUGUUAAUAAAAUUAAGCACAAGGAGGUUGCAAGUGUAAA